AAACCUGGGAUGAUUAUUGUGUGUGGUGCGCUGGAUGUCUGUGCAUCAGUCCACUUUUGUCGGUAAACUAUUAGCUUUGUUUAUUGACAAGCUGUAGGUCUUUUAGUUUGGCUUUAAUAUAGGUCGGGCACUUUUUUCCUAACGAAAAUCUGUUUCCGAGGAGGUAUUUUUUCACAGCAUGUACCCGGUGGUAGGCUACAAGGUUACUCAGCGUUUGAGGGUGCGUUAGCGUAGGUUAUUCAAAUCUUGAUGAACUUGUGAUAUCAGUCAUCAAGUAUAGCGCAUUUUGUUGUAUGUAGGGAAUAGAUAACGUUUACAAUGUUGCAACAGGACGAUGAAAUUCAGUUCCAGUGCAGCGUGACUAUUGAGCGUCUAAACUCAUCUGGUCUCGCCUCAACCAGCCAAUUUCUACGACGGACGACAGUGACUUUGGAAAGAAAUGAAUUUCAGGAAAUGGUUCUGCGAAUACACGACAAAACUCCACGAAAUUUCGUACUUCAUGACAUCAAACGGUUUACCCGUUUUAUGAAGGACGGGAAAUGCACUAUUAGGAUUUUGCCUGAUAUUCAGGUUUUGAUAUCGGACUGUCCUCCAGAUCGUCUAGUUGUUUUUCUAAGGACUCUGAGCAUCAAACAUUUGGCAUGGAAGGCAAGUAAACCUUUGACUGACCGAGAGAAACUCCUCGCUGGACUCUCUCGGACUUUUGUUGCUAUUAGUCCUUUACAGCAGAAGGAUGUACAAAAAGCCCAAAGUGCCAAAAAUAAAGCUGGUGGCCCUCUUGCCAGUCUUUCAAGUAAUGUGAUGAACCAACGCAACCAACAAGUGAAGAGGCCCAGGCCAGAACAGGAUGGCAUGACAUCAAGUCAACCUAGCAAGAAGCCAACGUUUGCUUUGAGCUCUGGGAGGAAGCUGAGCAGUGAGCAGUCUGCUGUCCUAAGUGCUGUACUCAGUGGCAAGAAUGUCUUCUUCACCGGAAGUGCAGGUACAGGAAAGUCUUUUCUGUUGAAGAGGAUUGUUGGCUCUCUCCCACCCAAAGGCACUUAUGCCACUGCCAGCACAGGGGUAGCCGCGUGCCAUAUCGGGGGCACGACAUUGCACAGCUUCGCAGGCAUCGGGUCGGGGACGGGGACUCUGGAGCAGUGUAUUGAGCUGGCCCAGAGGCCGGGGGUGCUCCAGAACUGGAUCAGCUGUAAGCACCUCAUCAUCGACGAGGUCUCCAUGGUGGACGCACAGUUCUUUGAUAAGCUGGAGGCCAUCGCCAGGUCCAUUAGACGUUCCACACAGCCAUUCGGAGGUAUUCAGCUGAUCGUGUGUGGUGACUUCUUGCAGCUGCCUCCUGUGUGUAAAGGGAAAGAGAAGCCUACCUUUUGCUUUCAGGCGAGGAGCUGGAGGAAGUGCAUGCAUGUGAAUAUGGAACUGAUGGAGGUGCGGAGACAGACGGACAACGCCUUCAUCUCACUGCUACAGGCCGUACGACUGGGCAGAGUCACGUCUGACAUCACGGCCAAGCUGAUCCUGACCGCCAGCCACAGCAUAGAGAAAGAUGGCAUCUUGGCCACCCGGCUCUGCACACACAAGGACGAUGUGGAGCUCACCAAUGUCAACAAGUUGCAGCAGCUCCCAGGUGCUGUUCGCCAGUAUGAUGCUGUGGAUAGCAACCCAACACUGCUCAAGAUGCUGGACAAUCAAAAUCAGAUCGGGACUACGCUGCAAUUAAAAGUCGGAGCACAGGUCAUGCUGACAAAGAAUCUAGAUGUCCAACGAGGCCUUGUCAAUGGAGCCAGAGGGGUUGUGUUGGACUUUACAUCAGGCAAUCAUGGUCUUCCUCGGGUGCGCUUCCUCUGUGGGGUGACAGAGGUGAUCAAAAGGGAGCGCUGGGUUUUCAAGGCCAAUGGAGGGCAGUACGUAACCAGGCAACAGCUUCCCCUUAAACUGGCAUGGGCCAUCUCCAUUCACAAGAGCCAGGGCAUGACUCUGGACUGUGUGGAGAUCUCCCUGGCGCGCGUGUUUGAGAGCGGCCAGGCGUACGUGGCGCUGUCUCGGGCUCGGAGUCUGGAGGGGCUGCGGGUGCUGGACUUCGACCCCCAUGUGGUGAAGGCCAACCAGGACGUCCUGAACUUCUACAAGAUGAUGAGGAAGGAGAGGAUGCUCUCACAGUCAUCCCUGGAUGAUUUCAUGAGCAAGAAGAAACGCAAAGUGAUUCUCUAACUGUGAAAAGACUUUCUGCUGCUGGCUGGCAAAUCAUCGUAUCCCUGUAACUUUUUUUAUUUUUUACUUAUUUAUUUUUCGAGAUGGACAUCUGCAACUGUAGCUCCACCUGCAUGUUUUUAUAAUAAACAUUUUAAAAAUG